GCGCCGGCGUGUGUUCUAAAAUUCUAAUCCUUCUUGCAUUUCUACUCCUACAAAUAUGUUAAGAAUUCAGUUUUUUUUUUUUUUAAGAUUCUUCAUUUAUUUGAAAGGCAGAAUUACAGAGAAAGAGGGAGAGACAGAAAAAUCUUCCAUCCGCCGGUUCAUUCUCCAAAUGGCUGCAAUAUCCACAGCUGGGCUAGGCUGAAGCCAGGAGCCAGGAGCUUCACUGGGGUCUCCCAUGUGGGUGCAGAGGACCCAAAGCACUGGGCCACCUUCUGUUUUCCUGAGCACAUGAGCAAGGAGCUGGGACACAAACCAGCACCCUUAUGGAUGCCGGUGUCAGACAGUAGCUUUACCACGCCACAAAAUCAGCCUCAAUAUUCAUUAAAAAAAAAUAAAUAAAACUAGGCCGGCGCCGCAGCUCAAUAGGCUAAUCCUCCGCCUUGCGGCGCCAGCACACCGGGUUCUUGUCCCGGUCGGGGCAACGGAUUCUGUCCUGGUUGCCGCUCUUCAGGCCAGCUCUCUGCUCUGGCCCGGGAAGGCAGUGGAGGAUGGCCCAAGUGCUUGGGCCCUGCACCCCAUGGGAGACCAGGAGAAGCACCUGGCUCUUGCCUUCAGAUCAGCGCGGUGUGCCAGCCGCAGCAUGCCGGCCGCAGCGUGCCGGCCACGGCGGCCGGUGAACCAACGGCAAAAGGAAGACCUUUCUCUCUGUCUCUCACUGUCCACUCUGCCUGUCAAAACAAACAAACAAACAAACUAUAUAGGGGCCAGCAUUGUGGUGUAGCAGGUAAAGCCAUUGCCUGUGACGCUGGCAUCCCAUAUGGGUGCCGGUUCAGGUCCCAGCUGCUCCACUUCCAAUUCAGCUCCCUGUUAAUGGUCUGGAAAAGCAACAGAGGAUGGCACAAGUCCUUGGGCCCCUGAACCCAUGUAGGAGACCUGGAAGAAGCUCCUAGCUCCUGGCUUUGGCCUGCUUGCAACAGCCAGUGCUGGGCUAGGCUGAAGCCAGGAGCCAGGAACUCUACCCAUGUCUCCCUCACGGAUGGCAGGAGCUGAAACACUCAGGCCAUCACUGAUGCCUCCCAGAUACAUCAGCAGGAAGCUGGAUGAGAAGCGGAGGUGGGACUGAAUCCCAAGCACUCCAAUGUGGGAUGUGGGCAUCCCAAGCAGCAACUUAAUUAACUGCCCCAACACCGACCCCCAAGUGGCAUCUUAACUGCUGCACCAACUGCUUGCACAUUCCCCGACUUAACUUUGAUGCUCAGUUUUACAAGGUUUGUACAAGGAAGUGAAACUGCAAACACCUGAACCAAAUAUCAGCAAGUGAAAUCCAGUGAUAUAUAAAAGGCAAAACAUCUGAGUCAAGGGUCCCCAAAACCACACACAGGCUUGAUGAUCUGCUAGGAGGACUUGCGGGGCUUGGCAUACAGUCGCCCUCACAGCUGUGACAGAAUACACAGUCAGAAGAGGGAAAAGGUGUCCAGAGGAAACCAGGAAUAAGGGUCUGACAACCUUCUCCCAGUGGCAUCACACAGGGUGUGCUUAAUUCCACCAGCAACAGUUCUGGGAACAAACAUGAAAUGUCUCCAGGGAAGCUCAGUGGAGACUCAAUCCAAGGUUUUUUGUUUGGAAGUGAUCACAUAGGCACCCUCUGCCUAGAAUGUGUCCCAAAAUUCCAGACUCCCAGAAGGAAAAUGGGUGUUCAGCAGAAGCCACACUGUUUGUACAGUUUAGGCACUGUGAGCCACUUUUUUUUUUUUUAAGAUUUAUUUGUUUGAAAGGCAGAAUUACAUAGAGAUGGGAGUGGAGAGAGAGAGAGAGAGAGAUCUUCUGGGGUUGGUGCUGUGGCGUAGCGGGUAAAGCCACCACCUGCAGUGCCAGCAUCCAUUGUGAGUGCUAGUUCAAGUCCUGGCUGCUCCACUUCUGAUCCAGCUCUCUGCUAUAGCCUGAAAAAGCAAUGGAGGAUGGCCCAAGUCCUUGGGCCCCUGCACCUACAUUGGGGACCCAGAAGAAGCUCCAGGCUCCUGGCUUUGGAUCGGCGCAGUUCCGGCUGCUGCAGGCAUCUGGGGAAUGAAGCAGCAGAUGAAGACCUCUCUCUCUCUCUCUCUCUCUCUCUGCCUUUCCUCUCUCUGUAACUCUGACUUUCAAAUAAAUAAUAAAUAAAUCUAAAGAAAAAAAACAAAAAAGAAAGAGAUCUUCCAUCUGCUGACUCACUCCCCAAAUGGCCACAAUGCCUGGGACAGGGUCAGUUGAAGCUAAGAGCCUGGAACUCCAUCUGGGUCUCCCAUGUGAGUGCAGGGGCCCAAGCACUUGGGCCACCAUCUGCUGCUCUCCCCAGAUGCAUUAUCAGGGAGCUGGAUGGGAGGUGCAGCAGCUGAGACUUGAACUGGUGCUCAUACGGUAUGCAGUGCUGCAGGCAGUGGCCUAACUCACUGUGCCACAACACUGGUCCCCAAGGAGCCCUUCCAAAAUCCCAGUUCCCAAGCAUCAGCCAAGUGUCAACCUUGCAAACUGGCCUUUCUAAGGAUAGAGUCUCAGGCUGCUAGAUUAGCUUCUUAUGCACAGUAUCAUAACCAAGUGGAUUUUUUCCCCUAGGAAGCAAAGAUUGGUUAUACCUUUGAAAAAAAAUCAAUGUAAUUUAUCACCUUAGCAGAAUAAAGGGGAAAAUCAUAUGGCUGUGUGGGGAGCAAACCGGACUAGACUGAGUUACUGGAAUUAAGACUUAUUCUAUGCAUCUGCUCUCCCACAAUAUGGUGCUGGGAGAGAAGUAAACAGCUUCCGCACAGCUGCCGCCAGUUCAACCAAUAAACUGUAGGACUUGCUCCUGAUUGGAGAGCAGCGUACUCGGCGUGUGGGCAGCCGAGUUAGGAUUGGCGGAGGAGGACUAUAAAGGAGGAGAGAGACGGCAUGCAUCAGGAACAUCUAUGGGGAACAUCUAAGGGAACCCGUGCAGCCCCCGAGAAAGCCGGCCGGCGGUGUGCCGCUCCCCUGCGGAAGUGGGGAAUGCGGCCAGGGGGAACUGCCCUUCCACGGAGGUGGAAGGGAUAGUAGCCAACCCGGGAAGAACCAGCAGCAGACCCGGGGAGGGCCGAGCAGACGAAAGAACAGCGCAGGGUCCUGUGUCGUUCCUCCACGAAGAGGGGGAGCGACAUAAUGGUGCCGUGACUGGGAUAUGAAGCCUAGGCAGGGUUUAGUGUCGUUCCUCCACGAAGAGGGGGAGUGACAGGCUGUCUCAAUAGAUAUAGAGAAAACACUUAACAAAUCAUAAGCCUUUUAGUAAGCUAGAAAAAUAAGAGACUUCCAUAAAGUGAUAAAAAGUACUUACAAACAUAUCUAUAAUUGGAGUGGGUGUUUGCUGGGGCAGUGAGACACUGCCUGGGACGCCUGCAUCCCAUUUCAGAGUGCCUGAGUUGGAGAAACAGCAUACCCUGGGAGGCAGCAGGUGACGGCUCAAAGUACUUGGGUUCCUGACACCCAUGUAGGAGAACCAGAAGGAGUUCUGGGCUCCUGGCUUCAACCUGUCCCAGCCCUGACUUCUGUGAGCAUUUGGGGAGUGACUCAGCAGCCACAAGAUUUCUCUGUCUCUCAAAUACUGUUUUUAAAAAGUUCCUGGGAAGGCCAAGCACCAGCAUAAGCCCUGGGUGUCCCUGCAUGGUCUUGCUGACUGUAGCACACUCUGACUGUCCCAGUACUGAGGACACAGGCAUUUAUGUGGGCCAAGGCAACCACACUGUGACUACAGCACAGUAUCUCCCUCCCCAGAAGAGCGGGCCUGGCCUUCCUUACUGCUUGCUAAAAAAGGUGCUGAGUCCUUGGGCCUGUGUUCCUCAGCUGUGCAUUAAUUCACUGCGUGCGCCACCAUCUGCAUUCACAGGACUUGGGCUGCCAUGCUGAUGGCACUCAGAGGGACGAGGCUGCCAUGAUGCUGCUCCAGCUGUUGGCUGUGCUGUUAUUAGGUCAGCUUUCUUGUGGCACCUGUGGAGCUAUGGGUCAGUCAAGUUUUUCUUAAAGGGUAUUUCAGGCUCUGAGCCACACAGUCUCUGUUGCAGCAAGUCAACCACCAUUAUAGCAUGAAAGCACCAAUAGACACUGUGGGGGCUGGCGUUGUGGCAUAGCAGGUAAAGCUGCCACCUGUGACACUGGCAUCCUAUAUGGCACCGGUUCGAGUCCUGGCUGCUCCACUUUGGAUCCAGCUCCCUGCUAUUAAUGGUCUGGGAAAAGCAGCAGAGGAUGGCCCAAAUGUUUGGGCCCCUGCCACCCAUGCAGGAGACCUAGACGAAGCUCCUGGCUUCUACCUGGUCCAGCCUUUGCCAUCUGGGGAGUAAACCAACUGAUGGAAGAUCUCUCUCUCUCUCUCUCUCUCCCUUUCUGUAACGCUUUCAAAUAAAUAAAUCUUUUUUUUAAAGCACAUAAUAUGUAAUUGAGUGGAUAUAGCAAUGUUUUCCAAAAACAUUUAUUAGCAAAAUCAGGCAGCUGGCCCACUUUCCUGCCUUCUGAGGCUUAGAGCAGGGACAUGUCUGAUGUCUCCGGUCUACCAGCAGUGGGCAUGGGGGUGCGGGGUCUGGAGCCUUCCUCACUGUCUCCACCCUGCUCUCUGCUGGGCUGGGGGACUCUAAAGAAGUGAAUUUCAGGAUCCUCCUGCCCUCCAGUUUGCAGUAGAGUUCUGCACUCUCCUGUCCGAGCCACUCACUCUUACUGCUUCAAACAGUAAUCAGCCCACAAAUCGGGGGACACCCUGUCCUCUCAAGUCCCGCUGUGUGUCGCUGUUGUUUUAGAAGAUUUAUUUAUUUGAAAGGCAGAGUUACAGAGAGGCAGAAAGGGGGAGGGGGAGGGAGAGGAAGGUCUUCCAUCCCGCUGGUUCACUCCUCAAAUGACCAGAAAGGCCUGGGCUGGCUGAUCCGCAGAGCCAGGAGCUUCUUCCGGGUCUCCCACGUGGGUGCAGGGGCCCAAGGACUUAGGCCAUCUUCUACUGCUUUCCCAGGCCAUAGCAGAGAGCUGGAUCAGAUGAGGGACAGCCGGGACCCGAACUGGUGCCAAAUGGAAUGCCGGCACCGCAGGCGGCGGCUUUACCCGCCCCGCCACAGCCCCGGCCUCAGUCCCACUGCGUUUUACAGGUCACGUUUCAACUUCGCACAUUAUUUGUGAUCCUGGAAAGAAGGCUGCAUUUCCGGCUCCUAAUGAUGUCUCUAUCUGGUACCCAAACUGCCCACAGAAAAGACCGGUGCCUGUCGCACACACGUUCGCUCACUUUCAGACGGUUCUAAGAAAGGAGACUCACGGCAUAAGCGCCCCAACACACGGCUACCACUGACCGCCUCGGCCGGACGCCCUCUAAACCCCGGCCCUCGGGUCAGGCGGACAACUGCUGCCCGGCACGUGGGCGUGGACCUCACCACUGCCCUCGACUUUCCUCCUCCCCGCGCGUGCGCCGCAGCACCGCGACCGGCCGGCUCCGGGUAACCAUAGAGUGUUGCGGGCCGGCAGAGGGGCCAGAUGCCCAGGCCGUUCUAUCCGCCACUUCCGGCAGCGCCUCGCUGCUCCGGGAGCGGCUCCUGCGGCGUAUGCAGUCUCCAUGGGGACUGAAGAUGGCGCCGCGAGGUAAACGGUUGUCCUCCACCCCACUGGAGAUCCUGUUCUUUCUGAACGGCUGGUAUUAUGCCACCUAUUUCCUGUUGGAACUCUUCAUAUUCCUCUAUAAAGGCCUCCUGCUGCCCUAUCCAACAGCCAAUCUGGUGCUGGACGUGGUGAUGCUCCUCCUUUAUCUUGGAAUUGAAGUGAUUCGCCUUUUUUUUGGUACCAAGGGAAACCUCUGCCAGCGAAAGAUGCCCCUCGGCAUUAGUGUGGCCUUGAGCUUCCCAUCUGCCAUGAUGGCCUCCUACUACCUGCUGCUGCAGACCUACGUGCUCCGCCUGGAAGCCGUCAUGAACGGCAUCUUGCUCUUCUUCUGUGGCUCAGAGCUGCUGCUCGAGGUGCUCACCCUGGCUGCUUUGUCCAGUAUGGACAGGAUUUGAAGUACACAAAUUUCAGCCAGCAGCCCAUCAGGCUGAAACCACAGCCUCUGGUGCUUUAGCCACACCAUGAGAAGUGGUGGGUCCGAGUGUCCUGGGAGGACUGUGCGGCUUUCCUCAGCACAGAUUAUUUGGGCAGCAUCUUCUAAGCCAGGACCAUCGCCCCCGAGACUUCUACACUGCAGUUUAGGGGGCUGCCAGGCUGUCCCCAUCCUGGCCCUUCUCAGAGCAACUCCCUGCUGACCUCAACCUCUCUUUGGUCAUCAUGGCCAGCGCAUCUUGUGUGGAUCACUGGAGGCUCCUUGAGCUUGCAGCAGACCUGAGCCGCAUGCUCACUGGAUGUGCUGUGCCACACCCACCCCUGCUGGGCCCGGAAUGAUGCAGAGCCCUGUUCCGCCAUGAGACUGAACUCCCCAGUUUUUCUAGUAGUUCAUAGUUAUUUUUCUACGCUCAUCAUGAAACACUAUUUUAUAAUAAAUAUGUAUUUUCCUUGG